AUGGACCAGCGUCGGGGAGCUUACAGGACCCCCUCACCGGGGAACCCUCUUCAACAUGGCUAUCAACUCGACGACAACCCUUACGGCCAUCAACAGCCGUCACAAUCUCACAUUGAUAUGCCCGCCGUCAACGACCCGCACCGGCUCGGUACGCCAAGCGACCACCUAAAUCUCAAUGCGGCACACUCGGUCGAUAACGUAUCGAGCUACGGCCACAGCGAUUACUCCGUGAACCCCGAAGCGCACCACGACGGAUACUACAACCAACCCUAUGAGCCGCAUCCCCAGGAGGGUUACGAUCAGGGUUACGAUUACGAUGACCGUCGGCCAAUGUUGACUCACCAAGAGUCCGAUGCGCCCACUGAGCAAUAUCAAGACCAGCCAACGCCGGCACCUCCAGGCGGAGGCAUUAAGCGAUGGAAGACAGUCAAGCAGGUGCUUCUCUACCGAGGUAACUUGGUUCUCGACUGCCCGGUUCCACCAGUUUUGCUCCAACAGAACCCCCACGGCGAGCGCGACGAGUUCACGCAUAUGAGAUACACGGCGGCGACCUGUGACCCCAACAACUUCUACGACGACAACUUCACCCUGCGACAGAAGCUCUUUAGUAAGCCCCGUCACACCGAGUUGUUCAUCGUUGUUACCAUGUACAACGAAGACGAUGUUCUCUUUGCCCGAACCAUGAUUGGUGUCUUCAAAAACGUCGAGUACAUGUGCAACCGCCCCAACAGCAAGACGUGGGGCAAGGAUGCCUGGAAGAAGAUCGUUGUUUGCGUCGUCAGCGAUGGCCGUGCUAAGAUCAACCCUCGAACUAGGGCUCUGUUGGCCGGCAUGGGUGUCUAUCAGGAGGGUAUCGCGAAGCAAAAGGUUAACGACAAGGAUGUGACGGCACACAUUUACGAAUACACUACCCAAACCCAUCUGCAGCUCAAGAAUGACGUGGUUUCGCUCGUCCACCGACGGCAGCCGGUCCAGAUCCUCUUCUGUCUCAAGGAGAAGAACGCCAAGAAGAUUAACUCUCACAGAUGGUUCUUCUCAGCCUUUGGUCGGGUUCUCGACCCCAACAUUUGCGUCCUGCUUGAUGCUGGUACCCGACCAGGUGGCAACUCCAUCUACCAUCUCUGGAAGGCGUUUGACCUAGAGCCCAUGUGUGGUGGUGCCUGCGGUGAAAUCAAGGCCAUGUUGGGUACGGGUGGUAAGUUGCUAUUGAACCCCAUUGUUGCAGCUCAAAACUUCGAGUACAAGAUGAGCAACAUUCUUGACAAGCCUCUGGAGUCUGCCUUCGGCUUCAUUUCCGUUUUGCCCGGUGCAUUUUCUGCUUACCGAUAUGUCGCCUUGCAAAACGACAAGAAUGGACAAGGCCCCUUGGAGAAGUAUUUCCUUGGUGAAACGCUCCACGGUGGAGGUGAGGCAGGUCUCUUCGAAUCCAACAUGUACCUGGCCGAGGAUCGUAUUCUCUGCUUCGAACUGGUCACCAAGAGAAACUGUCAUUGGAUCCUUCAGUACGUCAAGUCUGCCACCGGCGAGACCGAUGUGCCCGAUACGGUGACGGAACUUGUUCUUCAGCGACGUCGUUGGCUGAACGGUUCCUUCUUUGCUGCAAUCUACGCCAUCGUCCACUUCUACGACUUCUUCCGCUCGGAUCACACUUUCAUGCGAAAAUGUGCUUUCUUCGUCGAAUUCGUCUUCAACACCAUCAACAUGAUCUUCGCUUGGUUUGCUAUCGGCAACUUCUUCCUGGUCUUCAAGAUUUUGACAACGAGUUUGGGCGACGACAGUCUCCUGGGUAGGGUCGGCGAGAUCCUAGGCGUCGUCUUCACAUGGCUCUAUGGCGUUUUCUUGAUCACAUGCUUCGUUCUCUCACUUGGAAACCGGCCUGGUGGAUCUGGAAAGCUCUACCUUAGCAUGUGCUACUUCUGGGCGUUACUCAUGAUAUAUCUCCUAUUCGCCGCCGUUUAUAUCUCUGUCAUAACCAUCAGGGAUGACAUGAAGAAGAAUGGCGGGUUCAACAUCGACGACCUCUUUAAGAACAAAGUCUUUUACAUGCUCAUCAUCUCCGUCAUGUCGACGUACGGUAUUUGGCUCAUUGCCUCGCUCAUCAUGUUCGAUCCCUGGCACAUGUUCACCUCAUUGGUGCAGUAUAUGCUCUUGACCCCAACCUGGACCAACGUUCUCAACGUCUAUGCCUUCUGCAACACCCAUGACGUCUCAUGGGGUACGAAGGGUGACGACAAGGUUGAGAAACUCCCUUCGGUCAGCACAAAGGAUGGAGCGGGUAAAACAGAUCUCCCUGAUGAGGGCGAUUUAAAUGCGCAGUACCAGAGAGAAGUUACCUUAUUCGCCUCUAAAUUCGUCGAAGUCAAAAAGGAGCCAACCGCUUCCGAUCUCCAGGAGAAGCAAAUGGACUACUACAGAGGUGUUCGAACCGGCGUCGUUUUGAUUUGGAUGGUUACAAACUUUGCCCUCGCGGCUGUGGUCUUGAGUUCUGCUGGUCUGGACAAGAUCACCCCUGGCGACAAAGAUAACGACGAUAUCGAGCUAGCCCGCUCCAACAUUUACAUGACCAUCGUCUUGUGGAGUGUAGCGGGUUUGAGUGCCUUCAAGUUCAUCGGCGCUAUGUGGUUCUUAGUCGUGCGCAUGUUCCGUGGUGUCUAA